AAAGACAUUUCGCGAAGAGCGGCACUUCUCGUGGGGAAUGGUACGAAUCAAUGAAGCUCAGAGGCGUGAGGAACAGACAGGUUUCCAUCCACUUUGCUGCGAGAUUAAACUUAGGUUUCUCAUCAACCACUCUAUACCUUCACACCAAUCGCGGUCUACCCCGAAAGCGGAUCUCCGAGUCAUGUCGAAAUAUUUCUUUCUUUGUCUUUCUGUCGGAGAACGUAUGCAGCUAUUUGUUUCUUACGGAGCACGCAUAGUCAUUCCGAAACAUGAGACACUGUAGUCUCACGCCCUCAAUCUUCCUUUGACGUGGUCGCUAUGUCGCCUCCAAACGGUAAGCACGCCGUCAGCGACCUGCCUGAUAAUGCAGGAACGUCAAGCUCUGCUUACAUAAACGGCACCACGGAGGACGCUAGGCAUACGCUCGACGACAACAGCCAAGGGCCGCAAGACGAAGUCGUCCAAGAUGACUUCCAGGAUGAUCCAGCCCGUGCAGAAGCGGAGAGUCGACUGCGCCUUAAAAUCGAUCUCAGACUAUGCACGAUUGCCGGCAUCUUGUGCAGCUUGAACCUGCUGGAUAGUGGCAUCAUUUCAUCAGCAUCAGUCACAAGCAUGUUAUCCGACUUGGAUCUCACUGGCAACAAAUAUUCAGUAUCGAUAUUCAUUUUUACAGUAUCAUCCAUUUGUUUCCAGUUGCCAUCGACCAUCCUGCUUCGCUACGUUGGCCCGAGGAUCUUUUUCACCACAAUCACCUGUGCCUUCGGGUUGAUUACCAUGUGCACGGCCGCUAUCACGAAUUGGCGACAGAUGAUAGCGCUCAGAAUCCUUCUCGGUAUUUCAAUGUCCGGCGUCUUUCCAGGUCUGACAUACCUCAUCUCAACAUACUACACCCGCAGAGAACAACAACUCAGAUUCGCCCUGCUGCAGUCUGGCGAAAUCAUCAUUCUUGCAACAGGUUCAAUCGUCAACUUUGGUCUCAACCAUCUCGAUCACCGAGGGGGACUCCGCGGAUGGCAAUACAUGUAUCUGGUCCAGGGAGCAGUAACCAUAUUUCUCGGCUUUCUCACCUAUUUCUGGAUGGUUGAAUUUCCAGACCAAUGCGAAAGAUCGUUCCAUUUUCUGUCCGAAGAUGAAAAGAGCCUAGCAAUCUCACGAAUCAACGACGACCGUCGCGAUGGCGGAAAGCCAGAACCUCUGACAUCGGCCGCUAUCCUGGUCAAUUUCCUCGAUCCGAAACUGUACGUCUUCUGCGCGCUGUUUUUCCUGUUGAACCUGGUUUCGACAGCUUUGUCCUAUUUCCUGCCAAUCAUUCUUCAGAGUGGAAUGGGUUUCGACUCUAACAAGGCCAUCUUGUUGUCUUCUCCGCCAUAUUACUAUGCCGUCCUCCCAGUGCUCCUCUCUUCCUACAUUGGGGACAGAUACAGGAUUCGAGCGCCGGUAAUCAUCUUCAAUGCCGUGUGUCUCAUCAUUGGCUUCUGCAUGCUCGGUUUUCCAAGUCAGGUCACCAUCAGGUAUAUCGGCACUUUCCUGGCCAUGGGGGCGUACGUCAGCAACUGGGCAGCCUUGAAUGCUUACCAGGCAAACAAUGUCGUUGGACAAUGGAAGCGUGCCACAGUGGCAGCAGCGAUCUCAGCCUGCAAUGGUCUGGGAGGGAUCGCAGGAAGCUAUAUCGUUCGUCAACCAGAGGCACCAAGAUACUUAACAGCAAUCUGGGUCAGUAUCGGAAGCCACAUUGCCAUGAUUGUACUUGUUGCCUGUUGUACAGUCUGGUUUUGGUUGGCAAACCGCAAGGCUCGGAAAGGAAUUUACCUGAUUGAAGGGGUGCCGAACUUUCGCUACACAUAUUAGUCAUUGGAUCCUCAACAACAUCGUCCUUCACUGUACUCCUUCACCGAUAUACCUCACCACCGCCUUCUCUUCGCAGAAAUCAUUCACUACUGGACCAAUCACAAAAUAAUACAAGGAUAUAUUUUAAAGUCGUGAAAAACUGCUUCAACGCUGACCUGUCUAGUCCGCUCACCAUUCCUAUCACAGCCGGACACCGAGUAGGCGGAAUUGGUUGAAGGCCAGCUCAAGCAGGUGUUUCCCUCGUGACAG